AUGAUCGAAUGUGAGGAGUUUGUUCCUCCAGUGCCACCUCCACCAUAUUACCCUCCAGAAUAUACAUGCAGCUCCGAGACGGACGCACAGAGCAUCACCUACAAUGGCUCCAUGGACAGCCCCAUCCCGCUCUACCCCACAGACUUCCCACCCUCCUACGAGAGUGUUAUGGGCCUUCGGGAGGACAGCCAGGCCACUUUGUAUGAUGCCCAGGCCCACCAGAAUUCCAUGCACAGUGCAUCUGACCGGAGGGACUCCACUGGACACAGCGGGAAUGAGGACAGCAGCCCUUCGGAAGAUUCUGUCUUGCUGGAUGUCCAAGGUUCGGUGCGGUCUGUGGACUACGUCUUGUAUCGCUCCAUUCAGCGUAGCCGAGCUGACUACUGUUUGAGCGUGGACUGCGGUCAGUGUGGCCAUCACCAGCACAGCCCCACCCUGAGCCUUCAGGGGCCCUUUGAGGAGGUGUCAGCUCCUCAGAUGAAAGGAGGACGCUCUUUCUCGUGUUCCACACCUAGCUCUUGCCAGGACCCUCCGCCGACUGUGGGAAGUGGCACCACACGUAGCUGUAACAGGCUGGAGAACAUCGGGACGUUGGUUGGACCGUGUUUCCCUGAGCUGCGGGUAAACGGGAAAGUCCCUCGUGCGCGGGAGCUAAGCCGAAGUUCCGGGUGUUCCCUCCACCACUCCUCCCCCUGCCAGACUCCGGACUGCCCCCACCGCCGAUACAGCGAGAACACGCGGCCUAAAGCACUGUGCACCAAUCAGGUGCCGCGAUUCGUAGUCCGUUCACACAGUGACCCCGGGAUCUCCUCCAUUAUCCAGACAGAUUUCGGGGACGUGGACUACAUGAAGGUCCUAGAAGAGGACAACCUCUCCCUCUCCUCCAUAGAUGCAGCAGCUCUGUGUGCCGAGGCGGGCCCCCACAGACACCACCGGCCAACCUCCCCCUUACUUCUGCGCACGGGUUCAGCCGGGAAAGAACCGCUUCCUGGUGACACACAGGACGGUCCAGCGGCUUUCCAGAAGUGGUGCCUUGUCCCUCGGAGACCUGAAGGGCGGGAGGAACACCCGGAUGAUCAUGGCCCGGUUCCUGAACCGAUCCCGGAGGAGCCUAAAGGAGGGCGGAGACAACACAAAGCAGCCCCUGAAGAGUCUGCUGCCCCUGGACCCGGAGCGGUGGCCCCCCAGGACCCCCAUGCAGAGUUGCGGAGACCUCAGCUCCACCUCAUCUCUCCGCCGUCUCCUGUCCGGCGGUCGGCGAGGGAACCGGCGUCCACACAGCCUGAACGAGGCGCCAAAAGAGAGUUCGGUGUG